UCAGUACACGCGUGGCGCAUCUCGGGUGAGGGUGUGUGCCGGCCGCCUCCUGUCUUCUACUUCACGUGUGAUUCGUUAACAUCUGUCGUAGUGACUUAAUUCAUUGUUCAGUGGCAACGCAGAAAAAUUAAGUGAAUUUUGACUAUAUUGUUCAUUGAAAGAGCUGAAACAAUUUCGUGAUUUGAGUAUUACUGGCUUUACUCGAGCGGGAGUCGAUAUUAUAAGUUUAUAUGGGUGUGCCUCAGGGAUGGAGUGCAAGCGUCCAACAGGAGCGGGAGGAGAGGCUCCUAGUAUAGUCGCCGGCGUAAGGGCUGUCUUCAGGUCCCGCUCCUUUUCCGGUAAGGUCCGGUCCCGGUCCAACAAAGAGGAGUCGCAAACUUCCCCAUCCACUCAGCAGCUUCCCCUAAACAAUAGUAAUAAAAACAAUAAUAACAAGAACCACAGAUCUCCCAAGUCGCCUUUCUUAGGAUGGAGAAAAUGCAAAUUAAAAGAGACUUUGGAAAGUAAGGAGAACACCAGCGUGCAAGAUCUCCCCGUGGCUGAGGGAGUUGGGACGUGUUCGCAGUCACAGGUGGAAAGAAUCAGUUCGCACAGCUCAGAUGAUUAUGCGCCACCCUUGGGGCUCAUACGGAAUAUAACCCCAGGCCAAUCUGCAAGUUUUCAGAAUCAAGUUGACGUGCACAAAAACAUUUCUAACCCAUCAGACACUCGUAGCAGCAACAACAACAGUCAGAGUUUAGGAGUGCAGUCUAAUAUUUACGUGAAGGAAACAAAUAACGAGGAAAGGAAAAGUGAAUCUAGUAUUUCCUGUGAGUUAAUUAACACCUCUCAAGGUUAUGUAAAGAUGGAAAAUUGUGCCAAUAAUAGUUAUAGCGUUAGUGAAGACAAAAAUGUCACAGGAGGUAGUGUGGACAACAAAAACGCUCUUAAUAAGAAUAAUAAUAUUCCAAGAAGUGGUAGGAGUAGUUCCGAAAGCAGUACUAACUCCUACGAGUCACUUCCAGAGAGCUGUAACUUACCAGGAUACAAUGAACAGAGAGACGGAGUUGUGGAGGGAGGUCUGAGCGUGGUGAGGGACCCAGGGGACGGUAGUGACACCCAGGAAGUGUGUCAUGAAGGCAAACUAGAAAACGAAUCGUGUAUCAAAUAUUUCAGAGAUAUAUAUAGAAACAGUAAAAUAAAUAAUGACUGUAUGAGGCCUCGUGGCGUCCCUGUUGAACUGAGUCGGGGUCUUUGGCUGAAGUAUGCACUGAGUUAUAACUUGCAUGUCCCCGAGUCACCAAGAAACGAGGUUUCGGUGUUAUCCUUGGGUAUUGAUCAGUACAUCGAGGAAGUGUUCAGAUAUCUCGAUUACUCUGGGAUGGGGAAGGUGAGUGUGGAGGAUAUGGACGCCUUGUGUCAGGUGCUGGGGCUACCGGACGACCGGAAGAAGGCAGCACAGCAGAGAUGCCGCUGUUCAGGUUCCAAUUUGACACUUAAUGGAUCCCUCAAUUCGUCAUCGGUUAACGUAGACAAGUUUCAAGACAGCGAAUGUCCUUUGCAUCUCAAAUUUAAUGAGUUCCACAAUAAGUUAUUCACAAAGUUAACUCAAGCUGCCAAAGUAAAUAGCAUCGUGCCAUUGGAUUGCCGACGACCUAACAAUCCUCGACUGGUGACAUCUGUAGUCAAUGUCCAGCGGCGCUAUGACCUGUUGGAGAACAUCUCACAGAGCAUGUCUCAGAUGGAUGCCAAGCUGGAGAGCGAAGAGACGCGAGUGUCGGACAAGUGUGACACUACCGGGGUUGUUUGCUGCAAAUGCCGACAGAUGGCUCACGUCGAUCGUAACUCAAACAUUUCGUCAAAACCUUUGGAUGCUGAGACUUCUUAUCUCCAACGUCAGAUUCUUCUACAAGAACAGGAGCUACAGUGCUUACGAGAGGUCAUUGAAGAUAUGCGUAUUGCCCUGCAAAGUUCUGAUGCUGAGAACCUGGCACUGCAGGUAAAAAUAAAGAGAAAUGAAGAUAUUUCUCCAAGAAUGUCGCAAGCAGACUUGUCGCUCACAGACGAAGAAGACACCAUCGAUAAUCUGGUGAGGCAGCUGAAUGAGCUGGACUGCCCAGCCCUGCUUACUAUGGGUGCAGGCACUUCUUCAUCCUCCCACCCAGCACACGACCUGACGGAACAACAGCCUCAAGAAGAUACCUCGCUAAGUCAAGAGUCUGAGAAACCAGAGUCCCAAGAAGACCCACUUAACACAGCUUUCAUAUCUGGGGACUUCUCCUUAGAAGCCGAGCUGCAGGCUACCUAUGAAGCACUGCAAUCAUCACGAGAAGAGCAGGAAGCAAUGCAGGUCGACCUGCAACAUACAGUCGGCCAGCUACAAGAACGCGAGUCUGAACUCCAGAAGAUCGAACUCAGACUGCGCGAAGCUCAGUCAGCCCUAGAGAAAGCUCAACACGACAACCACGUGCUGGUCAUGGAGAUAGCGGAGACACGCCACAGCCUAGAGGAGAGCCGCAGUAAGCUGACGGUGGCGUGUGAAGAGCUGCGACAGGCAAAGGACAACUCCCACAUGAAAGACAAGCACCUACACGAGCUACAAGCCAGAUUAAACCUUCUGAAGAACUUCAGGGUCGUCCCUGAGACCUCAAAGAUCGUAUCUGAGACCUCGAAGAUCGUAUCUGAGACCUCGAAGAUCGUAUCUGAGACCUCGAAGAUCGUCCCUGAUACCUCAAAGAUCGUCCCUGAGACCUCAAAGAUCGUCCCUGAGACCUCAAAGGUCGUAUCUGAGACCUCGAAGAUCGUCCCUGAGACCUCGAAGAUCGUAUCUGAGACCUCAAAGAUCGUAUCUGAAACCUCGAAGAUCGUAUCUGAGACCUCGAAGAUCGUAUCUGAGACCUCGAAGAUCGUCCCUGAGACCUCAAAGAUCGUAUCUGAGACCUCAAAGAUCGUAUCUGAGACCUCGAAGUUCGUCCCUGAGACCUCAAAGAUCGUAUCUGAGACCUCAAAGAUCGUAUCUGAGACCUCAAAGAUCGUAUCUGAGACCUCAAAGAUCGUAUCUCAGACUUCGAAGAUCGUCGCUAAGCCCUCGAAGAUCGUCCCUGAGACCUCGAAGGUCGUCCCCGAGACCUCUAAGGUCACAAAGGUCACCGGAGGUUAUGUAAGUUCGGCUCGUAAUGCUUCCUCUUCUUCUUAUGGGUCCUGUAGCAUAGUGGGCUACAUCUUCGACUCCCAUGCAGGAUCCCGGGUUCGAUCCCUAGGCGGAACAGAAAUGCUUGGGUUGGAUAUGACAAGCCGCGCUGAUAGCGGCUUGUACAGCGAAGACAGCGAACGAGACGAUGACGUAAACACGCCGGACAGAUCAUCGGAUCCCAUCUCAGCUUCUGAAGACGACUUGUGGACGCCAAGACGGACAAGCAGAGAUGACUCGAGCUGCUGCUCCAGCUUCAGGUCAUCCUCAAGCACCUCACCCGACUCUGACGACGACCCAAGUAGAGAUACGAGGUCACAUCUCAUGAUCGUAGAAGAGGGUGGCUUGUCACAGUACAAAAGAUCAUCCAUGUCUAAGGAAGACCCUCGAUGGAGCGCAAGGUCGCAACCCAUGAUCGUAGAAGGUGACCGGUCGAAGUGGAAGUCUUCGUUUACCGGACCUGGUAUAUCCUCGACAGCUAUUAUCGAGGGGCUGGAGAGAGAGGUGCAGUGGGUCCAACGCAAGCUGGAGGAGGCUGAGAGAGAGUGUGAUGAGGUUGAAAGUAACGCAUACGUGAUGGAGAUGGACGCCAGGUGGAGGUCGAUUGAGGGGAAACUGAUGCAGAAUGUGCGAAGAGUGACGCCAGAGACGAGACCUAAACGCACUCGCUCUCCUCAACUUGACAAGUUGCAGCAGUUGCAACAAGCGUUGGUGCCCUUGCCCAACUCGGCGAGCCAUGAACGGCUGGCUUAGGCAGGUUCCUGUCCUCCUGUUAAUGAGCUCUAGAUGGACUACAGCUGUUACCCCAGAGAGAGAUAGAAGAAAUGACAAAUCUCUUAGACCUUGAAGACUUUGAGACCUAGAAGACCUAGGAGUCUUGGGAAAGCUGGCAGACACAGUACAGCUGAGGUUUUGUGAGAUCUGGAUGACCUCCAAAUAUCUGAUAAGCUCCUUGGACCAGGAAAAACAAACUGAGUCUGGAGAAAUAACAAGUCUGUGAAACUUAAAGAACUGCAUUAAAAGAACAGAGCUGAUAGCUCUGGUGUGUCAAAUAGUCCUGUGAGGUCGUCCAUGGCUGAUGGACUGGUUGAGUACCUGAUGAAAUUGUGUAUCUUUAUAUAUAUAUAUAUAUAUGGUUGAAUAUCUAAUAAAACUGUUUACACAUGUGUGUGUGUGGUUGAGUUCCUGAUAGUGUGUACUUCUGCAAAUGAUUGCAUACCUGAUGGUGUGUACUUCUGUAAAUGGUUGUGUACUCUGUGAAAAUGUGUACAUCUGUGAGUGAUUGGGUAGGCUACCUGACGAAACUCUGUACAUAUGUAAAAGUUUGGAGGAAAAUGUUUAGAUAUUUCAGCUGUGUAAUUUAUGUGGACACUUCCCAAGUACACAAGAGUACUGUGUAUACAUUUUAAUGAUAUGGCAUGGAAUCUCUGUUUUAAAGUUCUAAAAAUGUAUCUAAAUGGAGAUUGAUUACAGUAUGGUAACAGGAGCAUGUACUUAAGAAUAAAACCAACACAUCUGAAUUCAAAUUAAAUAUUAAAACUACUGUACAGAAAUUAAGCUAAUAAUGUGAUUCUGCUCUUGUACAUGACCACUGAAUUUCCAUUGACUGCAGAUGAUUCCAGGGUAACUUUUUCAUGAUAAAUUCAUAAUAUUUACUCUCAAGAAUGUUUUCAGCAUUAAAUCCUAUUUAUAUAAAUAUUCUCAAUGUUAACCACAAAUCCAAAUAAUAAUCCCAACAUAAAUAAACGUUAGUGUACAAUAUAUGUUAAAUUAUCUUACACUCAAGAUGUUCAGUUGCUUACUUUUUGGUAUGAUAAAGAGAGUGUUAAUUGGUCAUUUACACAAAAUAUUUCUUGUUAAACAUACGUAGAGUAACUAAACAAAUAUUUUGGAAUAUUUUGUUAUUUUCUCUGAUUGAAUAACUUAUUUUCUGUUCAAUAUCUGUGUGAUAUUGUUCAAGAAUAUCAAUAAUGUACUUUAGAAUCUAUAUCAUUUUUGUGUGAUAUACAAAUUCUUAAUGCUACAAGCUAUGUGUAUGAUCGGAUGGCUUCUAUACAAAUUCGAUCUUCCUCCUACAAUUGAUUAAGCUUUGCUUUUUGUAUGAAUCAUUCUAUUUUUUUAAUAUGUGUACAUUCCAACUGCUAUAAAGAUACAACAAUGCUAAUGGCUACAUUGAUGUAAAAAUGGACUCAUACACUGUACGAUAGAUACCUGCUUGAUACCUGCAAUAUGGGGUACUGGGAGUUCUACUCCCCAAGCCUGGCCCGAGGCCAGGCUUGACUUGGGAGACCAAGCUUGACUUGGUAGACAUGUGUGUCUCAAAGUCUUAAUCACAUGAAUGAUUGGUCUUAAUUCUUCCUAUGCCUGUGAUCUGCUAUUGCAUUUGUUAUUUUGCAUAUUUUACUACAAAUAAUGUGUUUUAUUAGUGCAAAUGAUACAUCAUGCAUUUCUCAUAAUUUUGCCACAAAUCACUUUGAAAAGUUUCAAUCUCAACAUACAAAAUACUUUGUUUUUAAUUUGUUCAAGUUUAUCAACACUUCAAAUAGUCUAGCAGUAAUUUCUCAUUUAUCCAUAUGUCUUAUGUUUGUUCUGAUGCAAUUGAAAACAGAAAACUUUUUGUAUUCAAUUUUCAAUUAUAUCUUGUUCCAUUGAAUUGGGAAUCCACUAUGCUGGAUUAUUAUCCUGUUAUGAAAUAAAUUAAAUGGAGCUUGAUUACUUGUAUAUUUGUAUAUUAAUAUAUAUUUAUAUGUGUAUAAUAUUGAUUUUUGGCUUUAGCUAAGUACAGAAUAUAUUUUCCUACAGAGUAUAUAUCUUUAUUAUGUGAUGACUUAUUGUAGUCUUGCAUUAAGAAUCACCUGUCAGUAUAUGCCAACACUGGGAAGUGUUCGACACACUAUAUUACCCAGUAAGGGCAAACUCCUCUCAAUGUACUCAUGCCAAAACUAUCAGCAGUGCAGAUGAUGAGUCACAAUAACGUGGCUGAAUACACGUUUCUCCAUCAUAUACGUGAUGGAGAUGAUGAUGGAGAAACGACAACAUUUCGGUCCGUCCUGGACCAUUAUCAAGUCACAUGAUUUGAUAAUGGUCCAGGACGAACCGUAACGUCGUCGUUUCUCCAUCUUCUAAUGUGUGUGGUUUGGUCAUCGAAUCAGCAGUCUUAAAGCGUCAUAUGACAAAACUGUAGGUAUGACUGGACACCAUUAAUGUUGCUCUCAUUCUGUAACUGUAUUUGGGUAAUUACAUUUAGAUUAUUUCACCAGUAAAAGAAAUCUUUCCAAGUACAGUACUUCAUGCUAGUAAGUACUGUACAGUACAUGCAUUUUCAGUUAGUACAAAUAUCAGCAAGAAUGACUGCAUCUGCACUUUACAUACCAUUGAUGUUACUCUACAGAAUCUGUACAUAUUUUCAGCUCAUUUACGAUUAUGAAUUGUAAAAGGAUAAUCCUCUAAUGCAAAUAACUGCCAAAUAUUAUUAAUAAACUUUUGGACUAAGGAACUUUAUUACACAAAAUUAUCAUUACAGUGCUUGAUUCAUCUGUUAAGUUUACAUAAGCAAAAGCUAAUUUUCUUCAUAGGAAACAAGGCGAGGCUUUUCACUCGAAGUAAUUUUUUGUUGGUUUUAUCUUCCUUCAAACUCACAUUUACCAUGCUGUGCUAGUCUCACAUGUUACUUGCAAAAUGUAAAAUAAAAUAAUCUUUAUUAA